AUGCUCACAGAUUCAUCAGACGACGAAGGCGGUGUGCUGAAAGACGCACAGCUCACCAUUAACGAGCACUACGCCAAAGCGUUCGAGUACAGGAAGGAGAGGGAGGAAUUGGCAAAGUUAAAAGAAAAAUACGGCUCCUCAUACGGCUCCUCCGCCUCCUCACUCUCCUCCACCGACUCAGAAAGCGCAGAAUCGGAAGACGAAGAUGGGGAAGAGCUAACUGCUGCGAUGGACGUUGCUAUCCUACGUACGCUUGCUAGGAUAAGGAGGAAGGAUCCUGGGAUAUAUGAGAGUGCGGUUAAUGUUUUUGGGGAGGAAACGGAAAAAGUAACCCAGUCAACUACCACGAAAUCUACGGAAACGGAGAGGAGUAAGAAGACGAAAAAAGAUAAAGUCCGUUUUCGUUUCGUUCAUCCUCUCUCGUCCACGACACUAAUCAAGCACUUCAAAACCCAGUCAAAACCCCUCACACUCCGCCAAGCAGCCCUCUCCACCGUGCUCAACCCCUCCCUUUCCCGCUCCCCAUCACCCGAAGCAAAACCAGCAACACACGUCGAAGAACAGCGUAAGCUCCGAGACGAAACUAUCGCUGCUUUUCACGGCGCCUUGCCUUCACCUUCAAAAAAGACCAAGCGUGAAGAGGAAGAGGAAGAGGAAGAAGAAGACGACCUUCUCAUCCCGCGCGAAAAAACGAAAGAUGAGAGGGAAGCUGAGGAAGAGGAGUAUCGUGCUUUUUUGGAGAGGCAGGUGGGGGAUUUGAGGGAGUUGGUUAGUGUUGAUGGGGAUGAGGCGGAGGCGGAUGGGGAGGCGGACGGGGAGGGGGAGGGUGAGAAAGAGGAGACAAAGAAGAAGAAGAAAAAGUCGAAAAAGAAGAAGAAGGGGAAGGAUGGGGAAGAGGAUGAGGAGGGAGAAGAAGAAAAAACCGAACCGCGAAAAUCGAAAUCGGAAAAAGACCAGGAGUUUUUGAUGAAUUAUAUCUUGAACCGAGGAUGGAUCGACCGGUCAUCAGGGCACGUACCUACGUAUGGGGAGAUCACUUCUCCACUUGAACAAAAGCGCAAGGAGGGCAAGAAGAAAAAGAAAGAGAAAACUGAGGAAGAUGGGGGUGACGACGCCUCCGAACCCAACAACCACGAAGAAGAAGAAGAAGAAGAAGAAGAAGACCCCGCCCUCCUCUCCGACACAUCCUUCAACUCCCUCGCCUCGCACUUCGAAGCAUCAUACAACCACCGCUUCGAAGAACCAAACGCGGCACAUAUCCCCUCCUUCCCACGGUCCCUCCUAUCCAUCGUCAGGCGGGUCGACACCACGCGGAAAGAGGCGCGAGAAAGAAGGAGGAAGAGGAAGGAGGAGGAGAUGGAGAGGAAGAGGGAGGAGGUUAGGAGGAUGAAGGCGUUGAAGCAGCGGGAGGUUAGGAGGAUGUUGGAGAAGAUAAAGUGGGAGGGUGGGUUGGGGGAGUUGGAGGAGGGUUUUGGAAGUGAGCUUGAGGGGGAGUGGGAUGCGGAGAGGUAUGAUGAGCGGAUGAGGGGGUUGUUUGCUGAGGGGGAGCAGGAAGGGGGGGAGGGGGAGGAUGAGGAUGGGAAGCCUGUGUGGGAGGAUGAUAUUGAUAUGGGGGGUAUACUCGUGUCGGAGGAUGAUGUGUUUCCUGUUACUGUUAAGAGUAAGAGGGAGUUGAAGAAGGAGAAGAAGAAGAAGGAGAAGAAGGAGAAAAAGAAGAAGAAGACAGGGGACGAGGGAGGGGUUGAUGUUGAUUUUAUGGAUGCUGAUGUUGAUAGGGGGGAGGGGGAGGAGGAAGAGUGGGAUGGGACGGAGGAGAUGCGGAAGCGGAAGUUGGAUGAGUAUAUGGAUGAGAUUUAUGGGCUUGAUUUUAACGAUUUGGUCGCCGGCCAACCCACCCGCUUCAAAUACGUCCCCGUCCCAACACAGACAUACUCUUUGGCACCGGUGGAGAUUUUGUUAGCUACGGAUAAAGAGCUGAACGAGUACGUGUCUGUGAAGAAGUAUGCGCCGUAUAGGCAGGAGAAGGAUCGGAGUCGCUGGGAUGUGAAGGAGAAGGAGAAGUUGAGGGAGUUUAAGGAGAAGGUUGGUGAGCGGGUUGGUGAUCGUGGGUUUGUGAUGGGGGGUCGAGGAGGAGCAGGGGGAGAUGGAGGAGGAGAAGGGGAGAAAGUGAAGAAGAGGAAGGGGAAGAAGGAGAGGAUGAAGAUGAAAGCGGCUGCUGGGGCCGAGGUGGAUGUGGAGAAAGAAGGAGAGGAAAAGACGGGGGAGAAGAGGAAAAGACAAGAUGUUGGGAAUGAAGAGGUUAAGGAGGUGAAGAAGAAGAAACGACAGAGGCAUCGGUCAAAGGCAGGAGAGUCAUAA